AUGAUCUUUUGUUAUGCUGGGUUGUUUGGCAAGAGGCAAGAAGAUGAAGAUUUUCAUCUAUUAGAGCAUCUUUUGAAAAUUAGUUCUAGUCAAAACAAUGAUGAUGGGAGACAAGAAUCAAGUGUCGGUGGAGAGAAUGUAACUCUUUAUGCAACUGCCAAUUUUUUCAGUUAUUUAACUUUUUCUUGGAUGAGUCCUUUGCUUGCACUUGGAUAUAGAAAGACAUUGGACAUUGAAGAUAUUCCUCAACUUGCUAAUUGUGAUACUGCCAAUGUGGUCUUUGCUCGUUUUAGAAAUAAACUUGAAUCUGAUGGUAAUGACAUUGGCACUGGUGGUCAGGGAAGCACAUUCAAGCUGGUGAAGGCAUUAAUUUUCUUAACCUGGAAAGAAAUUCUAUGGACAGCUCUAUUCUCCAUGGUAUGCAUAUUGGCUUCUUAUGUUGGACCAUACCUUAUUGAUGCCUUUGUUCAAUAUCUUAUCAACCCUCAUCAACAGAAAGGCUAUGCACUAGUGUUUAUUUUCUUUAUUUCAAUGCUCAUAAGGUGCUUUUUUGAGAGACACUUACAAUUUCAAUUGCGAAUGAUAUCAAUUAGGGUUCGUGCUGCUUUGUUCGCAUUAAUCUAUAAUAAGAGUCUCAGGCUUUCAAGCCAAUCAAAGCAAGAACACACUAGUGGUGAAAACAUAAAUUUGAUGAGUGUUGAUGUUGAGAGGAUUGCCUAUUUCAGUUGGUAUGUGCACGAUAUAUGGAAGGUGCCUGUUCAAAUUGUUUUAGCAUUGUUGAUCUUGUACAAAAGCCUUGGGCUUGCUUCACUUGUAGCUUUGGUUGCCACAAUAAUUUUGAUGUUAGCAAAUGGUCCACUAGGACAAUUGCAGGAAAAAUUUCAAGGGGAAUUGAUGGAUUCAAAGGAUCGAAGGAUGAAGUUGACAUCUGAGGCUCUGAGGAAUAUGAGGAUUCUUAAACUUCAGGGUUGGGAGAUGAAAUUCUUGGCUAAGAUAAUUGAACUCAGGAACGUUGAAACAAGAUGGUUAAAAAAGGUACUUUAUACAUCAGCUAUAAGUUCCUUUGUGUUUAUGUGUGGUCCUAUGUUUGUAUCCAUGGUUACUUUUGGGUUCUGUGUGCUUAUGGGAAUACGAUUAGAGUCAGGAAAGAUUCUAUCUGCACUUGCAACAUUUGAGAUUUUGCAGAGGCCCAUUUAUAAUCUCCCAGACACUGUCUCCACUGUAGUGCGAACUAAAGUUUCCUUAGACAGGAUUGUCUCAUUCCUUUGUCUUGAUGAUCUUAAUUUAUGUAUGAUACAGAAUUUUCCAAGAAGUAAUUCCGAUAUUGCAGUUGAGAUAGUCAAGGGAAAUUUCUCUUGGGACAUUCAUUCUCAUAAUCUCACGUUAAAAGAUCUUAGUAUCCGAGUGUACCACGGCAUGAAAGUGGCUGUUUGUGGUUCGAUUGGGUCAGGCAAGUCAAGUCUACUUUCAUGCAUAUUAGGGGAGAUGCCAAAUGUAUCUGGAGACAUUAAGUUGAAUGGAACAAAGGCCUAUGUAGCACAAUCACCUUGGAUACAAAGUGGUAAAAUAGUAGACAAUAUAUUGUUUGGCAAGGAGAUGGAUAAUGAAAGGUAUGAGAUGAUACUUGAAGCAUGUUCACUGAAGAAUGACCUAGAAUUGUGGGCCUUUGGGGAUCAAACUAUGGUUGGGGAUAGAGGGAUCAACCUAAGUGGUGGGCAGAAACAAAGAAUCCAGAUUGCACGUGCUUUGUACCAUGAUGCUGAUAUUUAUUUGCUUGAUGAUCCCUUUAGUGCUGUGGAUGCUCACACAGGAAAUCAUCUAUUUAAGGAGUGUUUGCUGGGGAUUUUGGGUUCAAAAACAGUAAUUUAUGUUACACACCAACUAGAGUUUUUACAUUCUGCUGAUCUUAUCUUGGUUAUGAAAGAUGGAAGGAUAACUCAAACAGGAAAGUAUGAAGAAAUUCUUAGUUGUGGAACUGACUUUAUGGCCUUGGUGGAUGCACAUGAGAAAGCUUUGGUAGAACUUAAUUCUUCUAAACCCGAGGUUGAUUUGGAUAAUCUAAUAAAUGAUGAGGAAGAUUGUAUUAUAAUGUGUAGCCAAAAUCCUAUUCAAGAUGAUGAGGAUAGAGAACCCAAAAAUUACAACAUAGAAAAAUUGGUUGGGCUAGAAGGCCAGCCGGACCAAGAAGAAAAGAGAGAAAGUGGUGGUGUUCACUUUUCAGUCUACUGGAAAUAUGUUACCGCUAUAUAUAAAGGGGCUUUAGUGCCAUUAAUAUUGUUAGCACAAAUUCUUUUUCAGCUUCUCUUAAUUGUCAGUAGUUACUGGAUGGUGUUGGCUACUCCCAUUUCAGUAGAUGUGAAACCUUAUGUUAGAGAAUCCACCCUUAUCUUUGUUUAUGUUGUUUUGGCCCUUGGAAGCUCUCUUUGUGUACUUAUAAGGGCCAUGCUUAUUGUCACUGUUGGUUACAAGACAGGCACUCUAUUUUUCAACAAAAUGCAUUUUUGCAUUUUUCGUGCUACCCUAUCAUUUUUUUAUUCUACUCCAAGUGGAAGGAUUUUAAAUCGGGCAUCUGUAGAUCAAAGUGCAGUUGAUACUUCUAUUCCACAUCAAAUUGAAGAACUUCUUAUUUCAAUCAUGGAAUGUCUAGGAACUAUUGCAGUAAUGUCACAGGUUACAUGGCAAAUGUUAAUAGUUUUUAUUCCGAUGACUGUGAUAUGCAUUUGGUAUCAGAAAUACUACACAUUUACAGCAAGAGAAUUAUCUCGGUUGAUUGGAGUAUGUCAAGCUCCAAUUAUACAACAUUUUGCUGAAUCUAGUUUAGGUUCAUCCACGAUUAGGUGCUUCGAACAAGAAGAGAGGUUUAUGGAUACAAACCUUGAGCUGGUGGAUAGGUACUCUCAGCCUAAAUUUCAUUUCUCUGGUGCAAUCGAAUGGUUAUGCUUUCGUAUGGAUAUGUUAGCAUCCAUCACAUAUGCUAUCUGUUUGGUUUUCUUGGUCUUAAUGCCGAAGGGAGUACUAAAUCCUGGUGUUAUGGGUUUAGCUGUCACAUACGGGCUCAGUUUCAGUUUGCAUGGGGUCAUUUGGGAUCUUAGCAGUCUUGAAAAUAAAAUCAUAUCAAUUGAAAGAAUAUUACAGUAUACAUGUAUCCCUACAGAAGCCCCUUUGUUGGUGGAAGAAAACAGGCCAAGCUGUGAAUGGCCAUCACAAGGGAAAAUUGAUAUUGUUGAUCUAAAGGUCCAGUAUGCCCCACACCUUCCUUUUGUCUUACGAGGUAUCACAUGUUCUUUCCUCGAAAGGACAAAGAUUGGCAUCAUUGGGCGAACAGGAAGUGGUAAAUCAACUCUUGUGCAUGCUCUCUUCCGCAUGCUUGAACCUACAAUUGGUCAAAUUUUGAUAGAUGGUAUCAACAUCUCCAAGAUUGGCCUUCAUGACUUGCGGUCAAGAUUAAGCAUCAUCCCACAAGAUCCAAUAAUGUUCGAGGGUACUCUAAGAAACAAUCUUGACCCACUUGAAGAGUACACUGAUGCACAAAUAUGGGAGGCUUUAGAUAGAUGCCAGCUUGGAGAUGAAGUUAGAAAGAAAGAAGGGAAUCUUGAUUCUAUAGUGACUGAAAAUGGAGAGAAUUGGAGCAUGGGUCAAAAGCAACUAGUCUGUUUAGGGCGGGUAUUGCUCAAAAGAAGCAAAGUGUUGGUACUUGAUGAAGCUACUGCAUCAAUGGAUACUAAGACUGACUCUCUAAUUCAGCAAAUGCUUAGGCAACAUUUCUCAAGUUCCACUGUCAUCACAAUUGCACAUAGGUUAACAUCAAUUCUUGAUGUCGAUAUGGUCCUCCUUCUUGAUAAUGGCCUUGUAUUGGAAUAUGAUUCCCCGGCCAAAUUGCUAGAGAUGAAGUCCUCGUCAUUUGCAAAGUUGGUUAAGGAUUAUACUCGAAGAUGAAGUUCUUAGUUUUUUUAAAAGCUAAAUAAUUGAGUUUUGAAUAUUCAAACGUGAACAGA